AUGACUGCUCAAGAGAAUAUGCGUUCACAAACAUUAGAUAAAUAUAAAGAACUUAAUGAACAAUUACGUGAAUUUCUUAAAAAUAUUCUUCUCUUCGAAAAAUCUACUUCACUAAAUGAACAAUUAGAUUCAACUAUUAAUGACAACGGUGGUAUAUCAUUAUUAUCAGUAAAAAACGAUUUACUUCUUCAAUAUAUGAUUAAUCUUAUUGGUGUUAUGCAUCGACGAUCAACACCAAAUCAAUCAUUGAAUUCGCCAUCGACACGUUCAAUGAUAUUACGUCUUUGUGAAAUUCGUACAUUUAUUGAAAAAAUUCGUCCGAUAGAACAAAAAUUACAAUAUCAAAUGGAUAAAUUAUUGAAAAAUAAUCUUGAUCAACAACUUAACUAUCGUGCUAAUGUAGAAAAUUUCGAUGAAGAUAUUAAUGAAAAUGACAAUGAUAAUACAGAUGAAAAUCAAACGCAAGAAGAUAAACAAAAACCAAAAGUUUAUCGACCACCUAAACUUGUACCUGUUGAAUAUAAUGACGAUGUGAAUGAUAAAAAUGAAAAUGGAACAACUAAUAAACGUCUUGAAUAUCUUAAACGACGAGCUUUUCAUUCCGACAUAUUAGAAGAUUAUAAAAAUAAAUAUUCUGAUGCCCCAGAAGAAGUUUAUAAUAGUGAACGUAGUCGUUUAUUACAACAGAAUCGUGCAUAUAAAGAAAAAGUAGCGUACGAAGAAGACUACUUAAAACGCUUACCACAAACAAAACGUGAACGUUUACAAUUACAACGAUCAAUGAUGAACAAUGAUAAUGAUAUUAUGAGUCAUUUAGAUGAUGCAAAUGUAUUGUUUGAUGAUAAUCCAAAAGGUAUAACGAAAAAUAAAAAAGGCAAAAUGUCAAGAAGAACUAAAAAACGUGUGGAAAAGAAGAAAACAAAGUCAGUUAAACGACUGAAAUCAAGAAAAUAA